AGUCAAGUGUCAAUGUCAAAUGUCAUUGGUUGCAUGUCAGCCGUUUAUACCUGUACUUACAUGAAAUUCAAUUUUUGUAUUCGAAUAAAUAUUUCUUACCUGAGCUAGAGAAGUAAAACUUACAUUUUUCAUUAUGGAGAGUAACUUACAAGAAGAUAAACUAGAAGGUUGGACCAAGGAAGAAAAGUUUGAAUUGCUUGAAGCCCUAAAAGAAUUUGGAUCAUUUAAUAUUGACAACAUUAGAGAAUUUGUUAGUAACAAAACUGGAGAUCAGAUCAGAGAUGCAAUUGAGUUUUAUAAAAGAAAGGCAUCUGUAGAACCUCCAGUAAUACAAAAAAGGGAACGUAAAAUUAAUCUGCCAACAGUGCCUUUAUCUAGCUGGGCCAAGUUUAUUAUAGAUACCCAUGGAUUUGACGACCUUCAAACGGAAACAGCUGCUGCGUUACGUUUAAUAGCGGAGUUUGAAGAAAAACCACCUGCUGUAUGCACUGAGAAAAUUGAUUUUAAAAAAGUAUACCACAUGCUCGCUGAUGCAUUGGAAGGCAAACCACUACCGAAUGAUAAGUAUGUCUUGACCCUUUUUGAUAAAUGUAUUGUUGAAACAGCCCUCACUAGUAAGGCGCUUAACAGAGGUACUAAGUGUUUUAAGAGAAUUCUUCAGACAUCAUGCAAUCCAGAGGAGGCAGAUGUUAAUUCAUUCAUUAAACCAACUGAAGACAAAGAACUUAUAACUCUCAGAUAUUUAGCUACAAAAAGGAAUUACAAUCCCUUAAAUAUACCUGAAAGUAGUCUGAAAUUUCCAACAUUUACUGUUAAAUAAAAGUUGUCAGCACCUA